CAAAAAUGGAUAAUAUGUGAUACAACAAUGUUAGGAGUAUCUUUUUGAGCUCAAUAAAAAUAAGAGUUAAAAGAAGGAUGACCGAUGCAGAGAAAAAAAAAAAUUAGGCAUCAAAUUAAACAUGGUUCAUCAAAAAACAAAACAAAAAAAAUAAAAAAUACACGUGCUCCUUUGCUCAAACUGAUUUUUUUUUUUUUUUGUGAAAUUUUCACAUAGAAUGACAAGAUUUUCGUCUAAAGUAAAACUAAAGGUCCACGAUUAUUGACUAGACAACAUUUAAAUUAAAGGAUUACAAAUCAUCCAAAUGUGUUGAUAACCUUAAUGGUCAAAAAAAGACUUUGAAUUCAAUUACUACUCCCUCUGUAUUCGCUUUUUUUCUUUAAUGUCCUCUCGAAAAAUCACCUUCCUCUCCUUCCCCAAUUUCCCUCGGGGUCUUCUUCCACGUUAAUGCCAAAUUUUUCCCUCGUCGUCCCAUCAACCACGGGCGGCGAGCGGAAAUAUAAUUUUCCAUUCCACAAUCACCAAUCACAACCAUCACCACCGCCACCAUCAGCAUUUCAAAAUGCCUCCCAAGGGAGUCUUGAAACCGUUCCAAUUAUUGGAGGUAAACAUCAUCUCCGCCCAAGAUUUGGAACCCGUGUCCAAGAAAAUGAAAACCUACGCGUCCGCGUGGGUCCACCCUACCCGAAAACUCACCACUGGGGUUGAUGCCGAAGGUGGUAACAACCCCACGUGGAACGAUAAAUUUGUUUUUCGGGUAGAUGAUGAAUUUCUAAGGCAGGAUACUUCUGCCGUUCAAAUUGAUAUUUUUUCCGUUCAUUGGUUCCGUGAUUCGCUCGUUGGCUCCGUUCGUGUACUUGUCGGAAAUCUUAUCCCUCCUCCUACUAGGUUGCAACAACAACACCAUAUUGGCAUGCGUUUUGUUGCACUUCAGAUACGACGUCCAUCAGGGCGUCCCCAGGGAAUAUUAAACAUUGGUGUAACGUUACUUGGUGGAACUAUGAGAAGCAUGCCAUUAUAUAGACAAUUGAGUAUGUCAGCAGUUGGAUAUCGCGAUUUGAUGGACGAAGAUGCAGAUCUUCCCAACUACAACGAAAAAAAUAUAGAAACUCAAAAUAACAACAAGGGCGAUAACAAUAACACCACCAACAACAACAACUUCACUGCAUUAAAACCUAUACUCCGUCGGACAAGGAGUGAACGUAGCGAACGUGUCACGUUCGAUAGUGUCUCAAUGGCUAACAGUUCAUUAGUUGCGGCAGUUCCUCUAAAAAAGAAGGCUGUGGCUGUAGAAAAAGAAAGCUCAAUACUUAGUAUUUCAUUUGAGCCACCAAAACACAUGAUGAAGAAAAAAGGGAAAGCAAGUUCUGUGAUAAGUGGGGCAGAGCUAAGGGAAAAACCAAAAACAAAAGAUAAAAAAGGUAAGUCUGGUUCAGUACUAAGUGAUUCAAUUGUGAGUAAAGAGUCAUCUAGUCUUAUAAACAGGCCCAAAGAUGAAAGGCCCAAGCCCAAAGACAACAAUAGGCCCAAAGAGGAAAAGCCCAAGCUCAAACUUAUAGAGUUAGAACUUGGUGACAAAGAAAAGCCCACAAAUGAAAAGAAGACUAAUGGCACUGACUCACCAACCACUAAAGCAGUUGAUGAAAAGUCAGUUACAAUAAAGCCCAAAGGCUUGGGAAUUACUGGGGACUUGCCAAAAGAGAAACAAACAACAGUAAUUGGAAAGCCCAUGACAAGAAAUGGUGGAUUUGAUUAUGGAGGCCCAAAAGGACUUGGGCCAGGACAUAAUGGGAAGUUUGUAUUUGGAGGCCCAUUUAAGGCCCAUUCAAUGUGGUCUGAUUCAGAAGUUGGGCCUUCACCCUCAGAAGUGGCUGCUGCUAUGGCUGAAAAGAAAUACCCAUUAGAAGAAGAAAAGAGCUCAGUUUUGGAUGGUUGGAGUUUAGACGAAAGCGUCGAAGGGCUCCGGUCGAAGCUCGAGAGGUGGCGGACCGAGUUACCACCUCUAUACGAUCGAGGGAUGGCAUCGAGUAGCUACCAUUCGACCGGACGCCACACGAGAAGGCACACUGAUGGUGGGAGUGGCUUGUUUUCUUGCUUUGGUAACUUUUAUGGUUAUGAAUGUCAAUGCAUUUGUGGAAAGCCCAAAAAGAAAAGUAUGAACCCAAAGUUUCAAAGCCCAUCAGUUGCAAGCAGGUCAUGGGUGUAAAAAGCCCAAGCCCAAACCUAA